UGUUUUCUAUUUUUCUAGUAUAGAAAUAAAAAAAAUGUCUCAGGGAAGUGGAAAAAAUCAGAAUUUGUUGAAAUGCCGCAGACACAAAAAUGCCAGAAAGAGAAUGAGAAGGUAAAAGAAAGUUUGGGUUUAGGGUUUUCACUCGCUUGCUUAAUUUGCAAGAAACGUUGGUCGCAGCAAGUCUAAAACACAUGAUAUUUACCAGACCAAUAAGUUGGCAGGUCCCACAAAACUUCAAAGGAAUGAAAGGCCAGGGCAAGCCCACCAUUGGUAUGGCCUAAUGUGUCGACAAUCUGGCGUUAAGUGCAAAGUCAAUCAGUGCUGAAUAUUUUGUCAAAUUAUUUGGUGGGAGCCUACAGGCAAGUGCAGAAACAAGUAAUGAUGCAAUGCAAAGACCAUUUACUUUUGAGCAAGACACCAAACACAGAUAUGUUGCAAAUGUGGCAAAAAAUACCAAAAUAAUGACAUCCUGGUCUUUCAAUAACCCCAUCAAAGUCAAAGCCUUGAUGUAAUUGAAAAAAACUGGUUUUCAUAAAAAAGUUCCAAGAAAUACAAUCUUCAAAAAUGAGCUCCUUUUGAAUUUUCCUGAGAUGACUAUAUUUAUCCGUUUGGUCGCAAAGAUAUUUCAGUCAAUUCCAGUUCCUAUGGCGGCUGUCUAGAAUACUGGAGGUCAUCAGACAAAAUAUAAAAUAAAACAAGUAGUACUUGUCUAAGAGAGUUAAUAUUUUUAUUAUCUGUUUAGUUUUUGUUUAUUUUUACCAUUGGGUCUACCUUCAAUCAAAAAUCUCAGCAAAAAUCACGAUAUGCUCCACUGAUUUUCUAUGGUGUUCUUUGAGCAUAGGGUCAACAAUAUUUCUGCUUUGAGGCAACGGUCCCAAUACUUUUGUCACGUAAGUUUAUAAAGUGAAUAGCAUUUGGAAGUGAUAUUGAAAAUUAAAGUAUUUCAGUUCUUUGUGUUUUUUUUGCGAUGUAAUGAAAAGGAGUGUUUUUAGCAGACUGAAAAUUGGAAAAGAUCACCUAAAAGACCAAGUUAUGCCUAAAGACUAUCCCUGUGAAUUGCAAGCAACAGACUUUCCGCCAGUAGAAUCAGACUUGGAGCGAAGCACCGAGAAAAAAUGUGCUCAACCCGCACCAAGGUCACAAAACUCUUCGCAUUGUAGUUAUGAGGACUUAUUUGGAAAAGGCAUCGACGAACUUAAAAGAAAAGGAAGCUUGAGGGAAUGGAGGCUGUUUGUUUUGAGUAGAGAGCUCGCAAAAUAUGAAAGAGAAAAGGCAAAUCAGAGAAAAGAAAAUAAAGAGAAGGACGGCGGUCUUGGAGAAUCGAAUACAAAGGUCUCAGUGACAAAAGCAAAGUCGCGAGUAUGGAGCAUUGAGGAAGAGAUUGGCAAAUUGAUACAGUCAGAGGCAGGUUGUGAUUUUGAUACUGAAAAGGACGUAGAGACUUUUAAUCAAUGCGAGGUAGACAGGUGCUGCGGUGUCAAUGUAUCUGCUACCAAUGCAGCGAGGUUCGAUGCUUCUUCAGAUAAAGAAUGCUGUCAGGGCUGUCAAUGUCAGUUUUUGGAAUCGACCAUAAACGAAAUCUGGAUCGCGACAGCAAGUUUCAAAAGAGAAAUCGAAACUCUGAAGGGUUUUCUUUCUGCUGAUUUUGAAAGCACCGAAACACGCUUUGCAGGCUCUGGUAGCAUUUAUAUACAAGAGGGUUUAGGCGAAGACGCAGAUCGGCCAAGCUGUGACAAGAAGGAAACCGCAGUCACUUUCGGAAGUUCUUUGCCAAAAGCAGACAUAGAUGAUGAUGAGAAUAAUGCUGAAGUUCUCCUGAAGCUGAUGCACCAGCAACUCCGUGUUCUUGAAAAGAUAUUUCGUUGUAACAGCAAUCUACUUCUUCAAGAGUCCAAGGAUAUGGAGGUUGGAAUGGAACUUCCGAAGCAAAAUGCUCAAUUCAGGGAACAAUCGAAAGGGACGUCAUGCGAUUAUGGGUGUUCAAAGCCGGUUGAUAGAGAUCAGGAAAGCCAUUUUAAUGACAUUAAUAGCUUGAAAGAAAAGGUGAGACGUUUGGAAGACAUAUGCAGUAAACUAGAAAAACAAAGCUCUCAAAAAGAGAGAGUUAGUAGCCGACGUUGUGAUGAAAGUUCUGAAAAUAAAGAGGUUAUUGAAUGCUCCGUGACGCUAGUUCUUGCAUUGGUCCGAAUGAUAUUAGAAAACAUUUUACUGAAGAUGAAAGAAGGAAAACAGUUCGACGCAACUGCUGUUUUAAUUGAGAUUUUGAGUAAACGGUCUUUGGAUAGGAAUGAUGUUUCUGAAGAACCAAACAUCGAGUCAAGACACUACCAAAACACUUCAACUAGAAGGGAAAUCUCUUUCGAUAAAGUUGCUGAUAUUCUUGAAGCCAGCGAUUUGAUCUUUGAAGUGGAUAGGAAAGGAGCGGUAGCAAAUAUGGAAGAAGAGAUUAAUAAGAUCAGAGAUGUAAUUAACACCAUCACGAAGAUUAAAGAUUCUGGUGCAUUAUGCGACGAAGACAAGGUCUUUUCAUCUUCUGAAGUAGAAAGUUUUGAACGUAAAAAGUUUGAAGGGCUUAAAGCAAAUGGCUUGCAUAAUAUGGAAUGUACAAAGGAUUCAACAAAUUUUCUGGCAGAGUUCAUUACGAGUUCGGCUAUCCAAAGAGCCAUAGAUGAACUGAAGAUUUUGUAUCUAAAGGAACAAAAUAGAAUUUUACAGGAGACUGUUGAAGGAAUGAAGCCACAUGGAAACUGCAUUGAAAGAAGAGAUGCUGCCGCUACGAAGACAGACAGCCCAGGAACCCUAGGGAAGGAGGAUUAUUCAUGCGACUGUUUAAUUGAUGAAAGACAUCUACAAGGUGAAUGCAAGCUCGUUGAAAAUGAAAAGGAGCCGAUAGAAUUUGAGCAGCAAGCCAUCGCAAAGUUUAUUGUAACUCAAAACAUUGCAAAAGCAGUGAAAGAAAUAGAGACUAGCGAAAAGCACGCAAAAUUGAAGAUUGCUUUGGAAGAUGAAAUAUGCAGUGUUGUUAAACAACUAAAACAAAAAGACGAAGAGCUGAGAAUGUAUGAAACAACCAUCGAAAGUGAUGUGAAAAGAAUUGAUUCGAUUAUGAAUGAGCUGAACAACGCGAAAACAACAAACGAGGAGUUGAAAAAGGUAGCAAAGUCCGACAAGGGGGAAAUAAAGCAAAAGAAAGCACAAAUAGAAAAACUGAAGAAGAAAAUAAUUGAUCUAAAGAACCAGUGCUUGAAUAAAAGAAUUACUCUACAAAAUUACGACUCGGUCAUCAAAGAAUUGAAGCUUGACGUGCAACGCCUUCAAGAAAAGACCACUGCAAAGGAUACAAUAAUUAAGUUAAUCAAGAGCAGCCUUGUGAAAGCAAAUGAAGAUAUGGGGUUGUUAAACAAAGACCUUGAGAUGAAGCAAAGGGUUAUUGAGGACUGGGAGUCAGUCAUUGCGUCCUUUCUUUGCAAACUGAGUAUUGAAAAUGCUGUGACGUCAGCGGUUGCGUGUAAGAAACAGGAAGAGAAGGAGAUUGAAGAUCGAGAACAGCAGGUCGCCAUUGAAGCACUAAAACAUGCAAAUAAAGAAGAUAAGAAGAGAAUUCAAAAUUUAAAAGAGGAAGUAGACGUUCUUAGAUUGGAGGCACUGAAACAGAGAAAUGAAACUGCAGAAGGCCUAAAGGACCUGAGAAGGGUUGCGCUUCAGAUUAGGAGUUUAAGAUGCAACGCAGGGCUGAAAGAGCUCCCGAGCACAGCAGUAAACACAUGCAACAUAGAGACAGUAAUUUUUGAUUUGUCUGAAUUGGAAAAAAAGAUAAUCGGGAGUCAGCAAGAGCAUGCUGUUUACAUAGAGGCACUGAGGUCAGCAUUUGGAAGAUAUAUAGCGCUUUCAGUCCUUGAACAAAGUUUGCAAGAAAUUGAAAACAAAAAAAUACUAGCGACUCAAAAUGCAGUGAAAGACAGGGAUGCAAGACGUAGCUAUUCAGUUGUUAGUGUGGCUGAACAAAAACUGGUUCAUGCUAAGGAGGCAAGUCGACUGAAGGAGAUAGAUGCAGUUAGUAAGAAGAAUAUUACAAUGGCUGAUACUUUUGAAGAAAUAAUUAAGGAAAGUACUGUCCUGCUUGUAUCAGGGGAGAAGCCUUCUUCAAGCAUCACACUAUGCGAGGCAAGGCGUAAGAAUGAGAAAGAGCCAGCAUCAGUGGAGAUCGACAAUUCAGUUUCCUGGCAACCAAUCAGCCAAGAGGCGAAAGGCAUACAUGAGAGUGAUAAACCAGAGAAUGGGGUGCCUGCAAUAGUUGAUGAGCUGAUCACAGAUGAACCCGAAGUGAUUCUUACAAAAAGGGAAGAAACAAAUUUGGAAAACAUAGGUUCAAUUUUAAGUAAGAUUUUUAGAAUUGUUGUGCAAGUAACAGACGAAGGGGAAAGAUCUGUGAAUUUGGAGAAAAAUUUUCAUUCAUUAACUGGAAAUUUCCUAAUAAAGUGCGGUGAGGAAAUCUUGAAUACAGGCAGCUUAAGAAGCAGUUUCACUUCAAUUUGCAACCAAUUGAAAAUCCUGCCAACUAAUCCAGCCGUUAAAGAAAGUCAUUUCAAUAAAGUUGGAAAAAGAAAUCUUUAUGAAGAAUGUGAAAUCAGCAUGGCAAGCGAGUCAGCAGAUGUCAUGAGUGCAGAAGCUGCUGAUGUCGAGUGUGAUAUGGAUUCGUUGUUAAAAAUGGUGGCAACACACACCUGUCAUGCGAGUAUCGCCAGGGGGUUGGUUGAGCUGGGAGUUGACACCACAGAUUUGUUACCGACUGCCCUUCAAAGCCAUGUUUCCUUUCAAAACGAGGCUAAUUGUUCGAACACCUUCUUAGUUGUUACGACAAAAGAUCACGAGGGGCAUUCAAUGAAGGGCGCUGGCGUUAAAGGAAAUUUAGAAUGUGACCCGCUCUUGAGGCACGAGUUAAUAACUAUAGGAAGCCUUUUUCUCAAGCAUGAAAUGGCAAAAAUGGCAGGAAAUUCGGAAAGAGGAGCUUCCGGCUACGAAACAGCCACAGGUUUUGAGGGUCGGCAGACUGUCAGGAGCCAAUCAGCAGAGUCAUGGGAAGGUUAUUUUGAAAAGGGUAUUGGUGAGAUUAGAGAACCAUCAGCUCCAAUGGCGGUUCAUGCGCACCUGAUGUGUCAAAAUGAGAGCGAAAUUUCAAUGAAAUCAGAAUUAUUUUCCGAGAAUCAUUUCCCUUGCAGAGAAGCAAGUGCGCCGGCUGCAAACGCUUCUAAUGCAAAGGCCAAUGCAAUCAGACAUGACGCGAAGAAUGACGAAGAUGGAAACGUUGCUGCACCUUUUUAAAGCACUUCAAACUAUGCUUGAUAAAUGCUUAUUUUCUGCAUUUAAUUGUUUGCCAUGCUUACGCCGUGCAUUUUUUUGUAUAUCAGUCAUGUCUUUCUUAAUGUAAUGAAUUGUUCGAUGCUAUCCCUUUAUGUCACGUUGCCUUCGUCAUCAAUUAACGUUGUAUGCGAACGAGGCCACAAGAGUUUUGGCCCAAAGAUGAUCCACAAUAGUGUUGAUGAAAAUAUUGAACAAUUCACUUCCAAUGGCGUCCGAUGGCUAUUUACAGUUAAAGUUAAAUAAUCCUGCUAAACUUGCCAGCUGAAUAUUCAAGCUAACUCAACCGCAUAAUGUUACUUGCAACACAAUUUGUCUCCCUAGAAGGGCCAAAAUCAAUAUGAGUUCUCUAAAGGGGUGUGCUUUUCUGGCAGUCAUAGGGGUAUAUCGUUUGGAAAGUCAAGAAGUUCAACCUUUAUCUUUUAGAAGGUUGUCAAUUAGAAGUUCAACUUCUGAUCUGGACAUCACCUAGAGCCUCAGGUAAAUUCUCAGUGGCCUAAAGCCAACUCAGCUGUCCAUCCUCUCGAUGUCUAUCCUCUAGUUGACAGAAAAUAAUAUGUGCCCAGGUUAUACGUUCUAAAGUAUCAAUAUGGGAGAUAAAGCCGCCGGUCCAAAUCGGCUAUAACAGGGCCGUCAGAAGCAAGGGGUAUAGUCCCUCCAAAAACAAAGAAGUGACUGAGCAUCAAAUGGAUCGGCACUUCCUCCCCUCUCCCCUCAGUAUGAAGUUUGUUACGAAAUACCUUAGAAAGCUGAUUGCCUCAUUAUGGUAAGAUUUAGAGCUAAAAAUAGAAACAAUAAAAAAAGAACACCCGAAGAAUGGGACAAAUACAGAAUUCUGAGAAAUGAAUGUGCACAAGAAACAAAAAAGGCAAAGUAUCAUUACUUCAACAGCCUUGACAUAAAUUUGGUCACUGACAAAAAGAAAUUUUGAAAAACCACUAAACCAGUAUUCUUAAUGAAUGAUUACUUUGUAAAUAUAACACAAUCAUUAAAUAUUCCUAAAUACCUGCCACGAAAAGAGAACUACACACCUCCUAAUAGCAACGCACAGGCAGAAAGCUAUCAUUCUACAUUAGAUAAUAUUAUACAAGCAUAUAAACACUAGCUUAGUAUCAUUGCUAUUGAGAGGCAAAUAAAUCACCAAACUCUCUUCAGCUUUGAGCCUGUAUCCAUACAAACAAUAGUUCAAGAAAUAAACUCUUUAGAUUCGAAGAAGGCAACUGGCCCUGAUGAUAUGCCAUCUAAAGUUAUCAAAACAUCAGUGGAAGAACUUUCUGAAACAUUACAAAUUCUCUUUAACCACUCUGUCAAAACGAGUGAAUUUCCUCACUGCAAUGAAACAAGCAGAUGUAACACAAGUAUUUAAGAGAGAAAAUCCAAAUGAUAAAAGGAACUACAGGGCGGUAAGUGCUCUUCCUUCACUUUCUAAGAUAUAUGAAAGAAUGAUGUACAAUCAGGUAUUUUCAUUCAUCAAUAUGAAAUUAUGCCCUCUUUUAUGUGGAUUCCGAGAAAAUAUGGUACACAACGAGGAUUGAUACGCUUAGUUGAAAACUUAAAGAUGUAUAUAGACGAUAAGGAAAAAGCAGGUAUAGUAAUGAUGAAUUUAUCCAAAUCAUUUGAUUGCCUCCCACAUGAUCUCUUAAUUACUAAACUUCAUGCGUAUGGAUUCAGCAAACAAUCUCAGGACACAAGGAGUGAAGAUUAAUUCUCAAACAAGCACAUGUAAAAAUGUUACACAAGGUGCCCACAGGGAUUAGUUCUCAGCCCCUAUUAUUUAACAUUUUUCUUAAUUUUCUUUUCUAUUUCAUGACUACAGAAAAUCAUUGUAAUUAUGCCAAUGAAAAUACAAUAUGGACAAUAAGUAAAAAUGUUGAUACAGAAGUAGCAACUCUAAAUAAAUACGAGGAUAAAAUUCAGAAACAAAGCAAAACGGCGACGAGAAUCCAAUGUUGUGAGAUAAAUUUUCCAAAAUAAAUUAAACUAAUACUAAUAUUUCGCCCCGGCAUACGGCAGACGACUUAAAGACUUAACGAACACCGACGAGACAUAAUCAACAAAAAAGAUGACAAGUCUGGAGUUGCAGAACAUUUCUGCAGCCCAGCACACACCAACAACGACCUUGUCAUUACACCAUUACUUAGACUUAAUGACAAACGAGAGAGUGUUCGUCGAGCUAAAGAGCAAUUUCUCAUUGGCCUGGCGAACACCCUCACACCCAACAGCAUGAACAGAACCACCGACCGUCAACUUUACAAAACAACUAAUCACCUAUCACCAAACAACUAAUCUUGAGUCCCAUUUAUUAGGCUGACAAUAAAGUAUUCCAAAUUCAUUACUUUUACGAUUGCGUUCCUCAAAACAUUACAAAUAAAAAUGAAUUCCAGGAAGUGUUCCAUUUCUAUACACCGAAAUGUUUCUUCCCACCGAAAUUUGCCCCAAAAUUUCAAAAGUGACUGAAAAUUUUUCCACCGAAAAAUAUUCCACCGAAAUUUUUGGCACCGGAUUUUUUGGUACUUUAUGUACUUUACAUCAAAUCUUUAACUGAAACAUACCUAAGAA